AUGUCGGUAAUUAAAAAUAUCUACGAGGAGGAUGUUGACUUCGCAGCUCUAGGCAGAGAAGAUCCAGAUUUUGGUAAACUUUUAAGAUCAAAUGGUCAAUUAGAUUUCAGUGAUCCUAAAUCGGUUCAGCAGCUCACGAAAUCUUUGUUGAAGCGAGACUUCGGUUUGAAGUUAACGCUUCCAGAUGAUCGACUAUGUCCACCAGUACCCAAUCGAUUUAAUUACAUAUUUUGGCUACAAAAUCUCAUCGAUACAUCAAGUGAUAUAUAUACGGAUUCUUAUUGUCCCGAUCGAAAGGUGCAUGGACUCGAUAUUGGCACAGGAGCAAGUUGUGUAUAUCCGCUACUGGGUUGUACUCAACGUCCUCUGUGGACGUUCACUGGAACAGAUAUUGAUAUUAAGAGUAUCUCCUUCGCCAGAGAAAAUGUCCAAAGUAAUGGAUUGCAAAACCGGGUGCAGCUGAUCCAGACCAAACCACAAGGCCCAUUGAUACCUCUCGAUGAGAUCGGUCGCCAUAGUUUAGACUUCACUCUUUGCAACCCGCCAUUCUAUACUUCAGCUGAAGAUCUUGUUUCUUCUGCGUCUCUCAAACAACGUCCCCCGUUUACGGCCUGUACCGGCUCAGAAACAGAGAUGGUCUGCGAAGGUGGUGAAGUAUCUUUCACCUCACGAAUGAUCAAAGAAUCGUUAAAACUGCGAAAUAGAGUUCAAUGGUAUACGUCAAUGCUAGGGAAAUUCUCUAGUCUUUCCAAAAUUAUCGAGCAGCUGAAGGAACAUAAAGUCGACAACUAUGCUGUGACAGAGUUUGUACAAGGCAAUAGGACUAGAAGGUGGGCUGUAGCAUGGAGCUUCAAUGAUAGAAGGCCAAGUAUGACGGUAUCUCGUGGAUGCGGAAGUUUGCAAAAGAGCUUACUGCCCUUCCCAGCAGAGCAGACAGUUACGAUAAACACGCCCGAUAGAGUUGCCAUUGCCGCACAUCUACGUGAUAUUUUAUCGGGACUCGUGCCAGUAUGGGCAUGGGAAUCGGAAAUCUUCGCCGGCGUAGGCUUCUGUGAUAAAGCUGUCUGGUCCCGAGCCUCACGAAGACUCAGAAGUGAUACUCGCGAUGAAAAGUCUAAAUCUGCUCACCAACCUUUACCAAAAGACAUGGCGUUUGGCUUCAAGAUCUCCUUGUCCGAACUCGAGGCGGAUCAUCCCGGAAGUAAAGUCAAGAUUCGUUUAAUAUAUUUUGCUAAACUCAUUCAACAAAUCGAGCCUAAUCCUAAUCCUAAUCUCAAUCCCAACAUGACAACAAACAUGUCCAAGAGUAGCAUUUCACAUUCGGCGGUGGGGAACGAAAGCGAUAAUGCAUCUAUCCAUCUCUCUACUCCAUCCAAUCUUCCGUCCAAAAAGAAAAAUAAAGCCUUGAACAAAUUAUCCACCACUGUUACAUCAAAACUUACUCGGCGAUUUCUUCUCUUCUCUUCUCUACCCACCGAACUUCGACUGUUGAUCUGGCACGCUGCCAUACCCGAUCCACUCGUCCACGAAUUAUACCCAAGUUGUCCCACCUCCUCACCUUACAACUUCAAAACCAAACUCCGAUCCAACCGGCGGCGAAUUCCCACUCUUUUGCAUACAUGUCAGGAAUCAAGAAAUGUGGCUUUGGCCCAGUACAGUCUAAUGGCAUACGAUCCUCCGCCGGUAGCAGAAUCUCGCGAAGCUGUUGCUGGCAUCACACCAUUUUACUUCAAUCCUACCAUCGAUACUCUAUUCCUAAACUGCGUGGCAUCGAUAUUUCUCGAUGUGAGAUGGUUUUUACUAGAUGAAACACCAAAAUCAAUUGCACCCAUGAAAGGAUGGAAAAAUGUGGCAUUGGACAGUUUACAUAUGCGAUUCGUAGCAGUGGUUGCGAGCGACCUACCAACACCUCAACAUAGGAUUCGAGAGUUAUUUCCGGAUUUAGAGAAAUUGAGUAUUGCAGUUGAUAGUAAAAAUAGUGCUAGGAGAAGAUUAAGAGCAAGUUUGAGGCCGGGUCAUGCUACUGAGUUGGUAAACGUAGGUUUGGAUGAUGUGGAGGGAAGUGAUGAGAUUGGCGUUUAUUUUGAAAAGGAUUUUGGGUUUACCAGCGGUACUGGCACGAGAUCAAGGACAAACCUAGCGGGAAACGCAACUGUCGCUGAGGUGGUAGAUGACGAGGAUGAAAGUCAACAGGGUCACAACGAGGAUAAUAGGAAACCGGAAUUGACAAUGUGCAAGGUUAAAAGAGAUAGAUUCUACGUGGGACUCAAACAGGACUUGGUUUACUCGACACAAGAUAUGAUAAGCGUCAUGGGAGUCAAUGGGGCCUUGAAGCAUGAAACGGCGACGGAACUCCGAAGUUUACAACAGACUUUUGCUCCAUUUCAAGACAUGGCAGGCGUAUAG